GUGUGUCCGGAUUAUUGACACCCCGCCAGCCAGCAGCGAGGGAGAGAGCAAGCGCAAAAGGUGCCAUGGAGGCGUAGGAGACGCAGCAGAAUCACUUUAUUCCUCGUUGUAGGGGCUCCCAAAUCACCACCUGAACGCUUCUAACCUUGCCUUUUUCGGUUUUUGUUUUUAUUUUUUUUUGGCGUGUGUGCUGGCGACAGGACUGCUUUCUCCUUGGGGGGCAAAGUGCGAAUUUGUGUAAAAAAAAAUAAAAAAGAUGGCGAAUGCUGUCGUUUUCAACGUGUGCCUGGCGCUGAUGGCGGCCGCGGUGGAUUCGUGCUUCGUCCCGAGCUUCCUCUACGUCCCGGUGCCGCGAAGUAUCCCGGCCGGAUACGAGAUAACGAGAAUCAAUGUGGCGAACUGCGGCAGCGUGACUACGGACGAGAGCGCUUUCGGAGUUUGGCCCAACGGUUCGGUGACGGCCAGAACCGGCGUGGAGGUGUCGCCCAAAGGCCGAACUUUCUCCGUGUGGGCUCGGCUCAGCAACGGACGACAGAUGCGCAUGGACGUCAACCUCGUCACCAGCAGACAGCCCACUGAUGUGCUGAAACGGUACAAAAGACGCUGGAGCCCCCCACCCUUCAAUAUCCUGGAGAAUGACCCCGGCCCCUAUCCAAGAGACAUUGAAAGGCUUGUGUCCGACACUGAAGCCGUGCAUCGGGUGUACUACACUCUCACGGGGCCCGGUUACGACAAGCACCCAGAGGGAGUGUUUCGGUUUGACAGCGAGACCGGAAUGUUGACUGUGCUCAAGGCAGUCGAUCGGGAGGAGUACCCGCAGUUCGCCUUGAUAGCCAGGGUUUUCGACAGAACGACGCGGCAGGAAACCGAUGACCCUUUGGGCAUCUUCGUGAAUGUCGACGAUCAGAAUGACAACGCGCCGCGGUUCCAAGGCCAGAUGCAGUUUUCUGUGCCCGAGAAGAGCAAAGCAGGGACGAUAAUGGGGAACGUGAAUGCCACCGACAGAGACCAAGCAGGCACCGACCACGUGAAGAUCCGCUAUUCCCUUUUGACCGAAUUGAACCGGUUUGCCAUCAACCCAACGACGGGUGUCAUCACCACAGUGACUAACACGUUAGAUAGAGAGAUUAAAGACAAGUAUAUGGUGACUGUGCAAAUCAAAGACAUGGACGGCGCAGCCGGCGGUUUGUUCACCACGGGCACGGCGACCAUCACCCUGAGCGACAUCAACGACAACCCGCCGACCUUCACAAAGAACUUGUAUCAAGCCACUGCAAAGGAGAACGAAAUUGGGAAACUUGUUCUUCGGAUGCCUGUUGAAGAUAAGGAUUUAAAAGACACACCCAACUGGAAAGCUAAAUUCUUCAUUACUAAGGGAAACGAAAAUGGAAACUUCCGGAUGGAGACGGACCCCAAAACGAACGAGGGGCUUCUGUACGUCUCCAAGCCAUUAAAUUUUGAGCAGUCCCCCAAAAUGAGAGUGGAAGUCAUGGCCCGAAACGAAGUCAAUCUGACUGGCACCACGGCCCAGUGGCAGAUCGUCCCUGUGGACUUGACAGUCGGCGACGUGGACGAAGGCCCCGAAUUCACGGCCCCUACAAUUCGCUUUAUCGUAAAAGAGAACACGCCAAACGGCACAGUGAUUGGAACUUACAAAGCCUUAGAUCCGGAAACCAAGAGCAGCGACGGCAUCAAGUAUUACAAGAUCAUGGACCCAGCUGCAUGGAUCAGUGCGGAUCGGAACACGGGAGAGCUGAGGGUGGCAAACACCAUCGACAGAGAGUCACACUUUGUCACGGAUGGAAUUUACAACAUCACCAUGAGAGCCGUUGAUGCGACUUCCAAGACUGGUACGGGAACCGUCAUAAUCCAGGUGGAAGAUGUGAAUGACAACGUACCCGUCAUUGUCCCGCCCGGUGAGAGGGUGGUGUGCGACAAGGAAGGAGAACACGGCUCUGCGCUGCUUGUGGCGGAAGACUUGGACGAUGCACCAUUUAAAGGCCCCUUCACCUUUAGUCUGCCAAAUAACGAAGAUGGCAAAUGGUCUGUGACCAGAUUCAAUGACACCGCAGCUACGUUGCAGCAGCUCAAAGACCUUCCCUUGAAGGUGCACAAAGUUCCCGUGGAGGUCAAAGACCUGCAGGGCAACGGCAAAAUCCAGACAGUGAGCGUGAGGAUCUGCCAGUGCAGGAACGGCGCCUGCCUGACCAAGCCGUGGUCGUCCUCGCUCGGCCCGAUGGGUUGGCUGGCGUUGCUGCUGCCUCUGCUCCUCCUUCUGCUGCUACUCUUGUUGCUCGCCUGUUUCUGCACGACAAAGCCGGACUUGCAGAUCUUGGACACGACUGACAGCGGCGGAAUCCUGAUCAAGUCAAACACGGAGGCCCCGGGGGAAGAAGUGGAUGCGAGUCUCAUCAAGGUCCCCAUUCCCGGUUCUGAAAUCAAGGGCUCAGUGGGGAAUCAGGAGUGGCAGAUCAAGGGAUCCACCAUCGGAUGCCAAGACGUCGGAGUGUAUAAGAGCGGCUUUGGUAACACGGAAACAGAGUUCUUCACCGGACACUACAACAGCCAGUAUGGAACUCAACAGUACAACGGCGGGAUGAACUACGACGCAAACCUUCUCAACACCUGGCAAACAAACGGACUCUAUUUGCACCAGAAGCUUUCCUAUUUCGGAGGGGAGGAGGACGGGCGGUACGCGGAUGACAUCAUCCACCAGUACGGCUUCGAGGGAACGGGCUCGGCGGCCGGCUCGGUCGGGUGCUGCAGCGACGACGGCGGCAAUAACGACAACCUCGACUUCCUUAACACGUUGGGACCCAAGUUCAAAAACCUCGCAGGUGUCUGUAAAAAGACAUGAACAAUGAAGCCGGAGAACAACAGCGUUUUGCCUUUUCGCUGGACAGGAUGCGGCCCCCCCCACCGUGCCACCUGAACACCAAGAGUGAAAGGGAAGACAGAGAAGCGCAGUCAUGUGUUUGUGUCACUUUUGUUGGACGCUUUUUUUUCUUUUUUUUUUUUUAAUCUCAUCUCUGCUGCAAUUUUCUUAGUCUCAAGCACUGAUAACUUUGCUGGCACUGUCAUUUGUACAUACAAAAAAACAAAAAAAACAGCAUUGCGCUUUUUUUUGCAUUCUUGGUUUUACAGGCCACUAAUAGCUGAUGAAUUGAUGGCUUUGGGUAUUCUUUGUGUGUAAUAAUUUAGUAAGAACAGGUAUUUGGGGUUUUACUAAUUUCAUGUGUUCAUAUAGUAAAUGAACAUAGUUUGGUUGGUUAUUGGCUAAAAUGGUUCCCCACAUUUUUUUUUUUUAAGAGUUUUGAUAUUUUUCUAUAACAAAAUAAUAUGAACUAAGAUAAUUAUUAUACAGUUGCCUAAGAGACAUCAAACUGCAGACUUUAACGUAGGGAUGGCUUGAUAAUCAGUGGCCAAUUGGAGUGCACUGAUUGGCUGUUGCAGCCACCACCGGCCGGCCCUGUUUGGGUGCAAAAAAGUUCAACAAGAUGCCUGCUGUGGGAAGCUGAGCUACGAUAACCUUCAACAUGACACAUAACAUGACUAUGGAAGCAGGAGUCCAGAAAAUUGAGCAAUUGUUUAUUUCUUUUUUAAUAAUAUUGAAAAAAAUAACAAUUGAUGAAUGAUCAAUCAAGGAAAUUUAGUCCAAUGGCAUCCCGACUUCAAAUUAUUCUUGUUGUUUGACCGGUCUGGUUGUUCCUAACCGCAUGAGAUCUGUGCACAUGCAUUCCAAUGACGGUCGCGAUGGUCGACUGUCGAGCAGGCGUCAGCGGUUAUCGCAACGUUCUCCGAACCACGUGAAAGUCGGCACGAGGGCGUCAACUCGGCGACCAAAGAAGUCGGGUCGAAGAGCAAAACGACGGGAAAUCUGGCAUUUCCGCGUUUUGCGUUGGUUUGCUUAAUGUCUACGAACAUUCUGAACAUCUCUCUAGAUCCGCUGUCAAACUGGUGGCCCGGGGGCAGGAUCCGGUCCGCCACAUCAUUUUAUGUGGCCCGCGAAAGCAAAUCCAAAUCGCUGAUUGUGUUCUGGUGUAAUACCAUUGAGAUAUUUUUUAUUUUUUUUUUACCAAUCCCGCUUUGAAAAGAAAUGUAAUAGUUGGAAAAACAUGCAUUUAUAGGCUUCUGAUUUCCAAAUUGGUUAUUCAUCAAUGUGUUGUGUGUACUGUAAUUACAGUAUAUGAGGUAAUCUUUCAUUUCUAUGGGUCAUAACUGCGAUGUGGCCCGUGACAAAAAGGAGUUCGACACCCCUGCUCUAGAUGAAUGUGCACGGGCAGUAGAUCUGGCUUAACUUAUUAAACAUUUGACUUCAACAGGCUGAAUGUCUUUUUACUGUAACACCUGUAUUGUGUGCGGCUGUAAAAUAAUAAAAGGCUCUCUUGUACAA